AUGAAAGAUGAAAGUCAGUACGACAAUGCUAAGAACUGUGAGAAUGCAUACUGGGAGCAUCCAGCAGAACAUGGCAGGCCAGACCAACAACCAAGGCAGAUGACCAGGCCAACAGAAAGAGUUAUAUGCAGACUCAUGACGCAAGCGAUAUAUUUUGCAAGUGAAUGGACUGAUGAAGUAAAGAACAACAUAGAGAAGGACGACGCGAACAAUAGAGAAAUUAAGGGAUUAAUGAGAUGCACAAUAGUGGACGUAUAUAACGACAUACUGCGGGCAAAUGCAUGCGAGGGUCACUGGGGCACAUAUUACGCCUGGUACACAACACACAUAAUUUGGGAUGCGUUAAAGGACACAUUGGGGCAAAACCAUUGUAAGCGGGGUAUGUACAAGGAUAUCAAAUUAGGGCACUGGCCCAUGAGGAAUCAGAUGAAGACAUGGUUACAACAGAACAACCAGGUGCAGCAGAAACUUGCAAAGGAACGCAUAAGCGAUGGGUGUAAGGGAGGAACCGUAACGCUAGAGCUCGGACAGGGAGACAAGGAAAAGGACGAGAAAGAAGACGACCAAAAGAAAGAUGCAGUAAAGCAGCAGGUCACACAAAUUUUGGGAGACGUGAAGAAACAAAUGGAGAAGGAGGAGACCCAAUUGAGGGCCUCACAUGCGAAAGCACCCACGGAUUCUUAUGUGGUAGACGCAGAUGCAGACAGUGACGAAGACAUCGAGAAAGACAUAAAACAAGCAAUCGAGAAAGUGCACGAAACAUUAAAGCCAGUGAUCGAGAACACUGCCGCUGCACAAGCAGCCGCCGCAGCUAAAGCAGCAGCGGCGAAACCGGUGGUAACAACACCGGCAGCGAAGAAACCGGAAGAUACACCAGCUAAGGCACCAGAGGUACCAACGGAGGUUGUUCCUGAGGAGACAGCACCGACGAAAGGGAAUGUGGCACAUGGAGUGGCAAGGUCCGAUGACUCCGCAACGGGAUCCAUACCACAACCGCCACCUGCGGCACCACCAAGGACACCAUCACCCGCAGGACCAGGACCUGGACAACAACCCCCACCUGCACCAGCAACUACAGACGCGGGGCCGAGUGAACAAGGAGACAAGAAAGGUAAGUGUUCGAGGCAACCCACGGUACUUACAUCUGACAACUCAGGCUUGGGACUCCAGGGUGCCACAUCGCGCAUCACUAUCUCCAUUGCAUCCAGCUCCGAAAACGAUGGUGACUGUGACAAGAAGUCCAAAGACACAGGAAAAGGCGAUGACGUCAUCGAUGGCGGUAAUGAUGACCCCCCUCCUCUCAAUCCACCCAAACCAAAACCGAAUCCGAACCCAGAUCAAUCGGGUAGUAGUGGCAGUUUCAGUGACGCUGAUUUGGCGGAUGGAGUUUCUGGUGGGGAAGGAACAGGCCGAGGUGACGAAGUUGGUGGUGGUGCUGGAGGCGGUAGCACUGGUGGUGCAGGAGGUACAGGUGCAGCAGGUGCUGGAGCAGGUUCCACUGGGACUGUGAAACCAAAUUCCUCAGGCACCGAUUCUACCGGUCAUGGUACUGCAACUACAGGAGGUGCACGGGCUACCCUUACCCCUGCCACCCCGUCCGUGCCGCCCGGCCUCACAUGGGAAGAUGUCAAGUGGUACACCCCCGCCAUGAUCCCCGCGGUGGUUGGUAUUGGGCUCAUUGCGUUCUUCCUAUGGAAGGUCAGUAUAUACGACAAUGCGGGCAUGCCGGACGUGCAGGAUGUUUAUACCUCAGCACAUCCCUACGGGCUCCAAUAUAUGAUCGUUCUAACACAAAUUAUUUUGCGUACCUCGGACAAAAACGACGACGAACAUAUCGAACUAUGCGUGACGUGCCGUCACGGCCACUCGACGAAGAAAUAUUGCAGCAUCUACAACGCGGCGAACUACCGCCACCCGAUUACGGAAGUGCUCCACGAAUGUGAAGCAACCGAAUGGGAAAGCGUCAAACACGACUAUUUGCAGAUACUCGUGCAGGAGUUUGCGCAGGAGUUUGCGCGUGACUUGGAGCCCGAUGCAACCGGGCACAGUAGUUCCCCGCAUGCUGCUACGCCAAACGAGGGUUUAUCACGGAACAAUGUUUCCUCCACCCUGGAUCCACCCACUGACACCGAAGGAACAGAUCCAUGUCCACCACAUGACCCCGAUCCAUGGAGUUGUAUCGAAUCCAUACAGUUACAACCUGGCCCUUGUUCACCUAAUGACUGCGAUUCAUGGAGUUGUAUGGAAACUAUACCGUUAGAACAUGAAGAGACUCCUGCUGUCUUUCCAUCCUCUUCCGACCCCGGGAAUGAAUGCGCGACCCCCGACCACACUAAUUGGAUUAACUGGAUUGAGCGACACCAGCACCUAUUGCAGGCGUCCACGACGCAGCCGUGGUUUCUGCAAUUAACAGCGGAAUGGAAACAAUACCUGAGUGAGCACAUGGUGGCAAACGCGGCUCACGGAGUAUACGUGCAGCGUGCCUUCGGUGAAGUGGCAACCAUGGAAAGGAACAAACUGGAUGCAUGGAAAGAAUGGGUUGCAAAACAACAUGAGCUUCUGAAUAUACAUGGUGAGGAGGAGUGGUUUCAACACCUAUGGAGUAAUAUCGAGGAGACCGGAGUAGUAACAGAGCACGACGGCAUGCCGGAACAGAUACGAAUGUUGGAAGGAGUGAGUCACAUACACACAGUAGAUGAAAAACCGACCACAUUUGUAACAGAACACGGGCCAACUGUAGAAAAAGGUUUACAAGUACAAGAAGCACUGGACGGCGGAUCAGCUUUGAAAGUGCGACAUGUACCACGGCCCCAACCACUGCAUAAGCAACCUUACAUGAAAAAACCGUUAACCGCUACAAUAUGGAUACUGAUCCUGGCAUUAGUCAUAGAACAGUGCGAGGUCGAACGCAAUUUGCAAGAGACGGAGUUAUAUGUGGAUGAACUAUUGGACAACAUCUGCAAUUAA